AAAGAAGCUUCUCUCUCUCUCUUUUUUUUUUUUUCUUCUGCAUCAUCAAAUGCCAGCUCUCCCAUAUGGCUAAUCAGACUGCCUCCCUCAAAGAUACAUAACCUGCCUCUCCUCCCUCCUCUUUCAUAUUGUUCUUUUUCUUUGAUAGUCUCUCCUUUGUUAUAGCUAUUGAGAUAAGAAUCUUUUCUCUGCAUAAUUUUGAUGUCUGUGCCACUUGAACAUGAUUACAUAGGAUUAGCAGAGACUUCUUCAAUGGAAAGAAGCUCUGAGAAGAUGUCCUCUUCCCCUUCUUCCUCAUGUCCUCACGUCAUUGAAGACAACAAGAGCAGCAGCAGCAGCAACACUGCUCUCAACCUCAAAGAGACUGAGCUAAGGCUUGGCUUGCCUGGUUCUCAGUCUCCUGAGAGAAAACCAGGACCUGUUGGCGUAUCUCUUUUUGGGAAGGAUUUGGAGCAUAAGAGUAAUGUGUAUUCUCCAAGCUCUCUGAAGAACUUUGUCUCUGGGGCUAAAAGGGGUUUCUCAGAUGCCAUUGAUGGGUCUACUGGUACUUGGGUUUUCUCUAUAAAUGGUAAAAAUGAUGGUGAUUUGGGGAAAGGUGCUGUUUUGUUCUCUCCUAGAGGUGACAAAAGCAAUACCCAACAACCAAGUACCUCUGUACCUGCCAAGAAGGAGAUUGGCAGUGUUCCUCCUUCAACAAGGCCAGUUCAAGAGAAGAAGAAUCAGGUUUCCACUGCAAAUGAGCCAAGCAGUGCUCCUGCUGCGAAGGCACAGGUGGUAGGAUGGCCACCAAUUCGUUCAUUCCGAAAGAACACCAUGGCCACUAAUUUGGUGAAGAACACUGAGGAUGGUGAAGGGAAAUCAGGAGCUGGAUGCCUUUACAUAAAGGUUAGCAUGGAGGGUGCUCCAUAUCUGAGGAAGGUUGACCUCAAAAACUACAACAACUAUGUGGAGCUCUCAUCUGCUUUGGAGAAGAUGUUCAGCUGCUUUACCAUAGGGCAGUGCAGUUCUAAUGGACUUCAUGGGAGAGAGGGUCUGAGCGAGAGAUGUUUGAAGGAUAUUCUCAGUGGCUCCGAGUAUGUCCUUACAUAUGAAGACAAGGAUGGUGAUUGGAUGCUUGUUGGUGAUGUCCCUUGGGAGAUGUUCACCGACACAUGUAGGAGACUAAGAAUCAUGAAAGGUUCUGAGGCAAUUGGACUAGCUCCAAGGGCCGUGGAGAAGAGCAAGAACCUGAACUAGUACUAGUGUGAACAGUAUGUCAAGGACCUGGAAAGUUCCGUUUCUCUUUAGUAUUUCUAAAAUCUAGAAGGGUGAUUAGUUGAUCAGUUUACUCAAAAGACUACAUAUAUUUUCAAAAUAUAGUUAAGUUUGAUUUGAUGCAGUUGGUGAAUUUGAUAUACUUCCUGCUAGACAAAUGAAGCCCAUUAGAAAUAUCCAACUAUUUGUUUGGUGUCCUAUCGCUUUGCAUCUUGUCUACUUAUGUUGUGGAAAUUGAUGUUUGUAUUAGUAUCCUGUCUGUAUCAGUAUUUCCUCUAAAUCCAGGUGCCAACAGAAUUUCUGAAAUUCAUCC